UAAUAGCACCAGAAGUAAGAAUGUAUGGAAAGUGGGGCCCAAACUUUUCAUUACUGGUGAGAGAUUGGCCACACCCAACGGAAAAAUGUUUCGGUAACAAAGGAGGAGAAGAGUAUUUUAACAGUGUACUGGAAAGUUCAGAAUUUGCGACACACGAUUUGAUGCAUCUGAAAGGCUUCAUGACGCAAAUUUUUAAAACUGUGAAUUGCUUUCUCAUGCCACAUCCGGGCAUGGAAACUCAAGGAAAAAGAAACGUGGGAAUCGACGAUCUAUCUGCUCAGUUUACUGACAAUCUACAGCCACUUGUCUCCUCAGUGCUUGGACCAAAAUUUCUCCAAGGAAAAGUAGUCAGACAGAAGACGCUAACUGGGAGAGAGUUUUUGUCUCAUGUCGAGAAAUGUGUUAAAGAAUUGGCCAAACCUAAAAAAGCCCCAAAGCCUUGUUUUUCUCAAAUUGUCGAACAUCCAAUCCCAAAGAAGUACUUGCGACAAGACGAUGAAUGGAUAGGAGAUAAAAGCGACAGAAUAGCCGAUGGGUUCGAGUGGUGCAGCGGAAGUGAGGCGCACACGCAAGGAAUAAUGAUUUUCAGCGAACCGUUUAUUGUAGCUACACCAAACGGAGAGGUUGCAGUUCUUUUCAUGGACACCCAGGGUCUUUUCGAUUCCAAUACGAGCAAAACUCAAAAUUUAAUGAUAUUUGCUUUCAACACCAUCAUAAGUUCAGUUCAAAUUCUCAAUUUAUCCGGAAACAUUAACGAGCACGAUUUGGAAUUUCUACAGUUCUUCACGGAAUACGCUCGAAGAAUUACCCAAGAGAAGUCGGGCAGACCAUUUUUGCAGGUUAAGUGUACCCUCUUUGUUAUAUAA